CUGAAGUGUUCCUCUCUGAAGUCUGAACCCUCGUCUUUCUCCGGACCAUGGGCUCUGCCCCCGCCACCAAACUCCGCACCCCCUCCAUCCUUAUGAAGCGAGAAGCCCUUCUGCUUCCCUCCCCCUCCCCAAACUCUAUAAACCCUAGAUUCACCUCCGAUCUCAAUCCCAACUUCCUUUCCUUCUCCGUCGAUGGCGCCACCGAGGACGCGGCGCUCCUUCAAGCGGAGAUCCUCUCCCGGGAGGAGGUCCUCCGCCGCCGCUCCCGCCGGGUCAAGCAGCUCGAGAGGUGCUACCGCCGCCAGUACUGGGCCCUGGCCGAGGAGUUCAGGGCCAAGCACCGGGAGUACUGCUGGACCUUCGGGGUCAGCCCCCUGGAGGAAGGUUGGGGACCGGGGCUCGGGAAGGAUGCCUCACCGGCGGCAGCAGGGAGGGAAGGGAGCAGGGAGAAUGGGGUGGCGUGGAAGGGAUUCGGGAGUCGGUGCGGGUUCGCAGGGUGCAGGUCGAGGGCGAUGCCCCUGACGAGGUUUUGCCAUCCCCACAUACUCUCCGAUGGCAGGCAGACGCUUUACAAAGCUUGCACUUUUGUUGUCAAGAGUGCACCAACCGGAUCAAUCAUUUGCGGGAAGCCGGUUCUUAGAGCGGAAGUUCCCUCUCUGUGCUCCAUGCACUUCAAGAGGGCUCAGAAGAGUGUAUCGCAAGCUCUAAAGAAGGCAGGCCUCAACUUACUCACUUCGAGCAAGUCUACCCCAAAUUUUCAUGUUAUAAUUGCAGAAUGUAUCCACCAAAUUCAAUCCAAAAGAAGAGCAGCAUUGGGCACUGCUGCCGAGAACAUUGCUGUCAAGGAUGAGAAUGUUGGUUGAGCCGCUUAUAAUUCAAAUAUGGUUGUGGUUUGCAAUGUGUCUUCCAAUUUUUGAUUCUUGGGUGACACAUCAGAAUGGGGCAUGAGCUCCUUAUGCAGGAAAAGGAAAAGUAACUUCAUAUAAGUUGCAGAAAAUUGGAAAGGAAAACUCGGCUGGUCCAUCAGAUGGUGACUCAUCAGUUACAUGACCGCAUUGAUCCAACUUUGGCAUUUGCAAGGCUUUUGUACCAUUUUGGGUCAAAAGAAUUGUCGAGAUGUUAUCACGUGUGCUUCAUUACAUCAAAAGUUUGGCAGAUUUUGGUGAGAUAAUAUCUGCAGUUAAUGGAAGGAGGAUGUGUGUCCGAAGGCUGGAGUAGAAUGCCUUUUUGUGAGAGGAGUUAAAUCUUUCCCCCUGGAGAAACAAAGAGCACAAGUGACGGGAGUAUCCCUAUGGCAUGAGCAUUAAACAUCAGCCCAUUGAAAAGAAAAUGAACUUUAUCUUUUAGCUAUUUUCUUGGGGCAAAUUUCAAGGCUUACUGUAAAGCAGGAUGUGAAAAUUUUCAAAUGUUUCAACUGAGGUUUUGCCAUGUCCCUCAUAUGUGAGGUAUGGAUGCUAUUCUUCGUAUCUUUCAAGACUUGUUUACAUUGUUGA